AGAUGAGAGUGACUCAUAAUGCUUCUGCAUCUGGCCUUGCUGCUGGUUUUUUCCUAAGAGGACACUCAUCCAACCUGCAAAAUGUGCGACAAAUUUGUGGGGUCCUGGAAACUGGUCUCCAGUGAAAACUUUGAUGAUUACAUGAAAGAACUGGGUGUGGGGCUGGCUACCCGGAAACUUGGCAGCCUGGCCAGGCCUAAGGUCAAAAUCAGCAUGAAAGGUGAUGUUGUAACCAUCCGAACUGAAAGUGCCUUCAAAAACACAGAGAUCGCUUUCAAGUUGGGUCAGGAAUUUGAAGAAACCACUGCUGAUAACAGGAAAACCAAGACAGUCAUAACCUUAGAAAAAGGCUCAUUGGUUCAAGUGCAGAAGUGGAAUGGAAAAGAAUCAACCAUAAGAAGAAAACUGGUUGAUGGGAAAAUGGUGGUGGAAUGCAUCAUGAAAGGUGUCACCUGCAGUCGCGUCUAUCAGAGAAUGUGAGGAAUCUUCCUGUGUCCAGUAACUUAAAUUUAGCUCUUCGGAUCCAUGAUAUUUUUGUGGCAAAAUAAGACCAUUCAUCGCCUCUUUUACUUCCUUUUAAUAAGGAGCAGCUAUGCUACAAACGUACAUUUCAAAACCCACUGUAGUAGUGUGAAAGUAUUUGUGAUUCAAUAAAUACUUGCAAAUGUAA